AGAAUAAAUACUCAAAAUAUGUUUGAUCUCAGCAUGUCUUCUCCAUUUACAUGUUUACUUAUUUGAUUGUCUUAGUUGUGCUUUUGGUCUUUUUUGCUGAUACUAUUCUGUAAUGUAUCCCAAUAGACAUUUGCAACACUUAGCCCUAUUCCCGGGUACAUGCAAUGGCUUUUAUCUAAGUUGGCAUCAGCAGAGAGAUCUGGUUCCACCUUCCGGGAGAACUUGCUUGAACCAGAUGAAGAAAGGACGUUAUUAGAUGCAUCAGUUGAAUUCACUACUGAGAAAAGUGGGAUGGAGGUGAUGUGCAAAUUGUUGACAUCAAACAAGUAUGAGUGGACUAAUGCCGCACGGUUGAUAUCAGUAUUGAAAACUCCUUUGUUGCGGCUGUGCACCAGGUACCUUCUGCAAGAGAAGAAGAGAGGAAAGGCCCUAGAUUCAGUUGCAAAUUUCCACCUACAGAAUGGAGCCAUGGUUGGAAGACUUAACUGGAUGGCAGAUCGAUCAGAAAAGGGCCUUAGUCAAAGUGCAGGAAUUAUGGUAAACUACAUCUAUAAGCUGGAAAAUAUUGAAGAAAAUGCGCAGUCAUAUUUCAGCAAAGGGCAUAUCCAAGCUUCCUCCGAGGUCCGUGACAAUGUUGAGGUACAGAAGCAACAUGAAGAAAAUAUGGAUUAGGAGGUUAUGGGAUAAAAAUGGAGUGUGAUGGUUUCCUGCACAACAGCAUACCGAAUUGCAUCCAUGCAGAGAAGAAUAAGGAGAGGAGAAACCUGAAGCUGAGCUGUGACAAUACUAACAGCAAUGUAUGUGAAGAAAUUGUGGAGGUUGUUGCUUGCUUUGGCCUCUGGAGAUGCUUCUCCAAAUCCUGCAACAAACAAAUUAGCAUAAGUCCUGCACACACACACGUAUAAAUAUUUAUACACACACAUAUUUAUGUAUUCAUAUGUAUGUGUGUGUGUGUGUGUAUUAUAAUAUAGAUAUAAGCAAAUAUUUGUAAAGACAGAAGGUGUGAGUUACCCACCAGGGACGUACAUCUUUUGGCAUUGGAAACGAGUGGGCUGGGAAGUCCUUUUCUUCCAUGGCUUAAAAGGAUAAGCUCUGCUUACUCUCUGGGGUUUUGGCAGAAUAGAGAAGAGCUGAGGAAGUUGGAGAAUUGUGGAGGAAUCCAUGGAUAAUAGAACUCUUGCUGCUUCUGUAUAGUCUAGUCAAUGGCUAGAAAUCAAGAUUUGAGUCUGCACUACUUGAGGGAAUGAAAAUAUCUCUCGUCUCUUACUAAAAUAUCUUCUGGUCCAUGGCCUGUUUGGGAUUCCCAGAAACCACAACCUAAA